CCAGCUGCUUUUCCUCGGGGCAAGGAUGGCGCACGCUGGGAGAACAGGGUAUGAUAACCGGGAGAUAGUGAUGAAGUACAUCCACUAUAAGCUGUCGCAGAGGGGCUACGAGUGGGAUGCCGGAGAGGUGGGGGCCGCCCCCGCGCCGGGUAUCUUCUCCUCCCAGCCCGGGCGCACCCCCGCGCCCGCCAGGACCUCGCCGCCGCCGCCCCCGGCCGCCCCUGCCGCCGCUGCGGGACCUGCGCUCAGCCCCGUGCCACCUGUGGUCCACCUGACCCUGCGCCAGGCCGGCGAUGACUUCUCCCGUCGCUACCGCCGCGACUUCGCCGAGAUGUCCAGCCAGCUGCACCUGACACCCUUCACCGCGAGGGGACGCUUUGCCACGGUAGUGGAGGAGCUCUUCAGGGAUGGGGUGAACUGGGGGAGGAUUGUGGCCUUCUUUGAGUUCGGUGGGGUCAUGUGUGUGGAAAGCGUCAACCGGGAGAUGUCGCCCCUGGUGGACAGCAUCGCCCUGUGGAUGACUGAGUACCUGAACCGACACCUGCACACGUGGAUCCAGGAUAACGGAGGCUGGGACGCCUUUGUGGAACUGUACGGCCCCAGCAUGCGGCCUCUGUUUGAUUUCUCCUGGCUGUCUCUGAAGGCGCUGCUCAGUCUGGCUCUGGUGGGAGCUUGCAUCACCCUGGGUGCGUAUCUGGGCCACAAGUGAAGUCAACAGGCCUGCCACAAACAAAUAU